UUUAGCUAGUUAUUAGUGAUAUUUAAAAGUGUGGAUAUACAGUAGAAGCGAAUUCAAAUUCUGUCAUAAUAAAUGUCCUCUUCACUGAACAUGGUUCUAAAGUUAGGUUCAGAGAAACUUGAUUUGGUCAAAUCCGAAUGCGACGAGGAAAUUGAUGUGGAGAGGCUUGACGGAUGUCAGUCUCGAAAACAACUCAGUGGAGAGGGAAUGAAGAUGGAGCAACAACGCAGGCUGACCCGCAGCCCGAAGUGCGCUCGCUGCCGAAACCACGGGGUUGUCUCUUGCCUGAAGGGCCACAAACGAUUCUGUCGCUGGCGUGACUGCCAGUGUGCUAACUGUCUGCUGGUGGUGGAGCGACAACGAGUGAUGGCAGCCCAAGUUGCCCUCAGGAGACAGCAAGCCACCGAGGGAAAAAAGGAUGGCACUACAUCAGCACCACUGCGAAGGACAGCAUACCAGCGGUACUCAAGGGCGCCCAGUCUUCUGGCAAAGAGCAUCUUAGAUGGAUAUAAACCCCCUGUUCCAGAAGACACCACCUGGUCAAAGACGGUGCACUACCCCACAGUCAGUGAAAGGAUGAGAAAAAGACGUGCCUUCGCUGAUAAAGAACUGGAGAGCAUCAUGCUUCAAAGAGAACUGAGGCAGCAAGAACUGGACGAUUUGUCCGGACUUAAGAUCCUUCGCCCUGUAUUGUCCUACGCAUCUCCUCUCUUCUGUCCUCUGGCAGAGCCAAUACCAGCGGCCUACCUGCCUAUGUACAAAAGCAGUUCCCUGCUGUUUGAGUGUGACUUUCACUGCUGUCCACAAGAGCUGUUUAAAUCCAGGUCAACAGAGAGCAGCUGCAAGCAGUCUCCAGUACACUCUGGCUCAUUGCCUUUGGAGCACUUGGAUGUCAGCAGAAUGAAAUCAACGGAAAAGUGGGAAUUCUACAAAGAGGACAAGGCCCGUCGUGAAAUGUCACCAGUAAGAUUUCCUCGACUACAACAGCGGAGAUAUUUUGAGCUUUCUGGUGGCUUGAACAUGGAUGUCUGUGUACCAAAAGCACUCCCAAGUGCUCCAGUUUCCAGUAACCCAAAGCGAGCCAUCACAUGUUUCACAUCAGAUUCAGACCAAGUCUUUAAGGAAUGUUUGCUCGCUUCCACAAAUUUUUGUUCCACAACCCUUCAUACUCUCACACCCAAAGAGAAUACAGCAGGCAACAGCCAUUACAGCUUACAGACAAAAGACAACAAAAGCACGACUGUGCAUUCUUUGCCGUUUUCUGUGGAGUCAUUGCUGAAAAACUAAAAUACAAUUUAAGCAAACAUUCAGAUGUUUUAUUGAGUAAUAUCUGUGGAAGACUGAAUUGACGAUUUUAUAAUUGUCUACAAAGAGAAAUAUUACACUAUUAUGUCGAAAUACAGUUUUAAUAAUAAAGGUACUUGUUCCCCAUGCAGUGAUGCAAAAUGUUACAUCAAGGUCUAGAUUACACUUGUGGAUUUAUAUCAUAUCCACAAUGGAAAUAAUCAUAUUCUGUUGAGAAAUAAUGAUGGCAUGUUUUGAGGAAUGUUUUCAUAUUUAUAUAGCAUUUUAUUAUUUUCCAAAUACGUUAUUUCAUCAGUACUGGAUGGAAACCAUAGAAACACUAGAUUUUUUGGUGAUUUUUUAUUUAACAGGAAAUGGAUGACUUUCACACACAACGGUCUCUAGAGUUUACAGAGAAUGUUAGUUCAAGCUGAGAGGAAGCAGAAGAGCAUAAUGUGAACACACAACACUUUGAAUCUUGAAGUGGAUGAGCUACAGCAGCAGAAGACCAAUAAGCCUAAAAAAACAAGUUAAUGCCUAAUAAAGUGGUCACUGAGUGUAUAUACAGUAUACGGCUGAAGAAGCACUAUGCAUUUUUAUGUUUUAUUAUUCUUAAGAAUGGCAAAAUUAUUAUAGCUAUAAAUACAAAAUUAUAAAUACAUUAUUGGCCACAAAUAAACUCAAAUGCUUUGAAUAUAUAAGACCAAA